AUGUUCAGUUCAGCUAUUACUAGAAGACUCUCUAAAGCAACCUCAGCCCUGCCUUGUAGAGCUUUCGGAUCCUUUGUAAAAUUCAAUAGGGAUGAUCCUCUAGACCUUGAAGGACUCCUUACUGAAGAAGAGAAGUUGAUUCAGCAGACAGCUAGACAAUACUCUCAAGAGAGAUUAGCUCCAAGAAUCUUGGAAUCACAUCGUCAUGAAAAAUUUGAUAUAGAUAUUUUCGAAGAGAUGGGUGAACUUGGAUUCCUUGGAUGCACUAUUGAUGACUAUGAUUUACCAGGAAUCUCCUCAGCAGCUUAUGGACUAAUUAAUAAAGAGUUAGAGGCAGUAGAUUCGAGUUACAGAACAGCGAUUAGUGUACAAUCAUCUUUGGUCAUGUUUCCUAUUUACGAAUAUGCUUCCCAAGCAGUCAAGGAUCACUGGAUUCCAAAGCUUGCAACAGGAAAGACUAUUGGAGCCUUUGGACUCACUGAACCAAAUCAUGGAUCUAACCCAGGAGGCAUGGAAACUACAGCACAAGACAAAGGAGAUCAUUUCCUGCUAAAUGGUAGCAAAACCUGGAUAUCUAACUCUCCAGUCUCUGACGUAUUUGUUGUUUGGGCAAAAGAUGACAAUAAAGAUAUUAGAGGAUAUGUGCUAGAUAGGAGCAUGAAAGGAAUAGAGACCCCAGUCAUUGAAGGAAAGUUCUCAAUGAGAGCAUCUAUCACAGGAAUGAUUUUAAUGGACGACGUUAAAGUUCCAAAAGAAAAUAUUCUUGAUGUCAAAGGACUCAAAGGUCCUUUCUCUUGUCUAAACAACGCAAGAUUUGGUAUCUCAUGGGGAGUCCUUGGCGCUGCACAAGAUUGAUAUGAAAGAGCUAGAGAAUAUACUCUUGAAAGAAAGCAGUUUGAUAGGCCAUUAGCUAAUAAUCAGUUGAUUCAAAAGAAAUUAGCAGACAUGGUCACUGAGAUUUCAUUAGGACUUCAUGCAGUUCAUAGAGUAUCUCAACUCAAAGAUGAAGGAAAAUUAUCCCCAGAGAUGAUCUCUCUUGUAAAGAGAAAUAACUGCGGCAAAGCCCUUGACAUCGCAAGACAUGCUAGAGAUAUGCUUGGUGGAAACGGUAUAGUAGAUGAGUAUGGAGUCAUCAGACAUUUAAUCAACCUCGAGACUGUAAACACAUACGAAGGAACACAUGAUAUUCAUGCUUUGAUUCUUGGAAGAGCUAUCACAGGUCUACAAGCUUUCUUCUAAUUAGAGAGUAAUUCAAUAA